GAUACACGUAGGGAUUGCUAUGGGAUUGCUGCACAAUGCUCCUUGUACCAAAACAGCACACAGCACAACAUGAGUGGAUUUCGUGGCGUGAGGAGUGAUGGAUGUUAUAAACUUAUAAUGUACCUACUUGUUGUGGUGUAAAAACAAUGAACAUACUUAUUUCAAGCGCCCUUAUUCAUUUCACAUCCAAUAUUUGCUUUUUUGACACGAGAACGGUAGUUAAUAAACGUAGGGCCCAAUUAUAAGUUUGAGCAUGACUAAAGUAUCCAUAAUAAUUCCAGUACGUAACGGCGAACAGUGGAUAAAUAACUGUUUAAAAUCAAUAACAGACCAAUCUAUACUUAAUUCAGGAAUCGACAUCGAAAUCGUUGUAUAUAAUGACGGAAGCAAUGAUGAAACAGAGAAUUUGCUGAAGGAAUGGCAGCGCUACUUUAUAACACAUGGAAUUGAGUUAAUUUUAACGGGAUCUGCAACUUCGAGAGGCGUUGGUGCCGCUAAAAAUGGGGCAGUGUCUAUGAGCACAGGAGAAUUUCUGUGUUUUCAAGAUAUUGAUGAUGUAAUGCACCCUGACAGGAUACAUCUCCAGCUACUUGCUGCAGAAAGUAAUCAUAAUGCAAUUGUUGGCAGUAAUAUUUCUCGAAUACCUCAAGACUCUACUCCACGUCUGGUUCGCUGGGCCAAUAGUCUCAGUGAUGAACAACUAAAAUUACAAAUCUACACUUCCAACGGGCCCACCUUAUUAAUGCCUACUUGGUUUUGCCACAGAAAAGUAUUUGAAAGAGUGGGUAGUUUUGAUGAAAGUGGCAAAGGCACUCCAGAAGACUUAAUAUUCUUUUAUUCACACCUGGAUCUGGGUGGAGACUUGAUUAAAGUCAACAAGCAAUUACUUAUUUACACUUACCAUGAAGGUGCGGCUACAUUUUCUGUUAAAAGAGAAAUGAUUUGGCAAAUCCAAUUAGAUCGGUUACAAAAGCUUGUUUUACCAAAUUGGGAGACAAUCACUAUUUGGAAUGCCGGUAAAGCAGGCAGAAGAUUGGUUCGUGCACUGAAUCAGGAGCAUUUGAAAAAAGUAAUAGCUUUUUGUGAUGUUGAUAAGAAGAAAAUUGGGACUACAGUUGAGUUAUACUGCCCAGUGAAGAAAACAGUCCUCAUUAGUCUACCAGUUAUUCAUUUUUCUGCUGCAAAGCCACCUUUACUCAUUUGUGUGAAGCUAGAUAUGACUAAUGGCAUUUUUGAACAGAAUCUCAAAUCAAUGAAUCUCAAUGAAGGAUUAGACUAUAUCCUUUUUAACUAAAAAUUACUAUUUUUACACUGAUCUGUGAGUGAUCUAUGAAUAUAUAGUGCGUCAAGCAAAUCUUGUCAGUAGCAAUGUAAAGCAAACUAAAGUAGGGCAACACUCAAAGAGUAGUAUUGCGCUAAGAAAAGCAGCAAUGUACAAUGUACAUCGAACCAAAACUUUUUUUUCCGCUGAGCGCGCCUUGUCACGUACGUCAAUUCAAAUUGUCACUCGCGGAUUCUCUAUUGAAAAUGUUUGAAAUUGUUAUUAAUACGUAUGGACGGACAAUUUAAAAGCGGUGUGUGAUGUUGAUAAAAAUGAUUAACUAAUUUGAAGAUCUCAAAAUAAAAUUGUAAGUGGACUAUGCCGUUAAACAAGAAUGUAUGAAUAAAAUAAUUGCUUCAGCAGGUAGAUGUCAUACUGGAUUUUCAUAUUUUAUUAGAUUUCUCAGUUGGCACUGUAGGCAUUGUAGGCACCUUAGCUUUAAUUAAGCACAGUCUUAUUUAAUAUAUUGGUAUUUAAUGGUGACACAGCAGAAAUAUCUCUUGAAAUAGAAUCGAUUCAGAAUGUAAACAUUGUUAACCAUUUGUAAACAAACAAGAUGAUGGCUGUCAUUCGCGAUCCACAUUCCACAGAUAAAACACAGAUGACACGCGAUUUUCGAAUUAUUCGAACACAGUGUUGCUAACCCGCGAUUUUUCAAAUUUGCCGCCGUUUGCUACUGACAAGAUU